GCUGUUGAGCCCCUUUGUGGGGCUUCUCAGACGCCAGACCACUAGAUGACCCUCAGGAGCUCUAUGGAGACUUGGCGGAAAGGCUCCUUCCGAAAUGCCUCCUUUUUCAAGCGGAUCACCCUGGGGCGGCCACGGAGACUGCAUCGACAGGGCAGCAUACUCAGCCAAGCUAGCACUGCUGGUGGGGACCACGAGGAGUACAGCAACCGGGAAGUCAUCCGGGAACUGCAAGGGCGGCCAGACGGCCGGCGUCUGCCCUUGUGGGGGGAUGAGCAUCCCCGAGCCACGCUACUGGCCCCACCCAAGCCCCCACGCCUCUACCGAGAGAGCUCCAGCUGCCCCAACAUUCUGGAGCCCCCAGCAACCUACACAGCUGGCUACUCGGCCACUCUGCCUUCAGCAAUCUCCCUGACGGGGCCCCUCCACCAAUGCUCAGAAGAGGGCCUUUUGGACACUCCCCAUUUCCCAAGGACACCUACUCCGGACCUCAGUGACCCAUUUCUCUCCUUCAAAGUGGACCUGGGGCUUUCACUUCUGGAAGAAGUUCUACAGAUACUAAAGGAACAAUUCCCAAGCCAGCCCCACUUCUGACCUGGUGAGGGUAUGGAGAACUGGGGUGACUGGAGUGAAGCCUGUGGAACUCAGAGAAGGAAGGUACUGUGUGGACUAAGGAACAAGUGGGGACCAGAAGCCACAGUUCUCCCUGCCCGCUGGCUGCUGACCAAUCCUUCAAGUCACCCAGAGUGAAGGGACAAAAGCCAGCUGGGAAUAUAUGGGAGUCACUUUCUGGCAGGAGCACGGAAGGAAGCUGGAGAGGCCAGGAAAAGGAAGCCACAACCUGCCACCACAGGAACCAGUCAGAGGUCAGCAGAGAGACAGGGCGGAACAGGGGUGAGCCAAGGAGUAGGACUCAGACUGGGCAGAGCAGAUGGUGGCAUGCACCAUCCUGUAAAGACCAGAGUUGACCGAGAAGUCACAGGGCAUUCAAGGAAGAUGUAGUCUAAAAGUGGGAGGUCAGAGAGACAGGAACAGACAAGUCACCACUUACUAUGCAGGACUAUUAAUGAAGGAAAAACAAACUGAAAAGUCAGCUCCAGAGGCUGGGGGAUGGCUCCAUGGAUACAGUGCUUGCUAUGCAUGCAGGAGAACAUGAGUUUAGACCUCUAGUACCCACAUUUUUAAAAAGUGGUCAGGGUGCCAGCCCAUCUGGAAUUCUGGUGCUCAGGAUGCAGAAACUAGGGAUCCCAGGGGCAGGUUAUAUAACCAAAUCGGCACAGUCCAGGCCCAGCAAGAGAGCCUGCUUCAGUAAAUAAAACAUGAAGAACAAUUGAGAAAGACAUCGGAGAUUAGCCUGUGACCUCCACUUACACACACACGC